AUGGAUGAAUCGUUUCACUUUGCAUUGCUAAGGAUAUCCAUAGCGCAGAUAUUGAAGGCAGCAGGAUUUGACAAAUGCAAACCGUCAAUUUUGAAUAUUUUGACAGAUAUAUACAUACAAUAUUUCAAACUAUUACUAUCCAGGACAUUGAAAUUUUCCAAUCAAAGAGUUAAUUCCAAUGAUAUUGGAAUCCAAGAUAUAACACAAGCAAUGCUAGACAUUGGGUUUAUAAAACCAUCGAGUUUUGAAAACUACCUAGACGCAUAUGAUAUACUGAAGCAUCAUAAUCAUAGGGACAAAGAUUCGAAUGUACAUAAAGAAUACAACACUAAGUCGAUGGAUUCAUUUAUUGAUUGGUUAAAAUACAGUGAUUCGUUUGCCACGAGUCAAAAGCUAUCAGAAGUACCUCGAGAGUAUAUUAAAAACUUAAUUGACAAGCGGAAGCUUGAUGAUUCUGCGGAGACUGAUCAGGAUAAGAAGAAGAGGAAGUUACGUGAAAAGCAAGAGUUUUACAAUCACUUCAAAUCCACGUUAUCAAAUGACCUACCAAAUGAAGAAAACGAAGAAGAGAUUUCGAAGCAAGACCAAUUAUCGUGGUUAGACUAUCUAGCAGAGAAGGAUUUAAAGCUUGGGCAUGACUUGAAGUAUUUGAGCACAAGCUUGGAGCCACAACUAAUUUCAUUACAGAAUAACGAACGGUUGCAUCCAAUACCGAAGUCGAAAAGGCAACAGAUUUUACAACAUAUCAACAACGUCAAUAAGCACGACCAUGUGCUCAUCAAUCUCGAACAGGACGAGGAAAAUGCCAUCACACCGCCUACUGAUUUGUUGAAAGUGUUACCAUAUAACCUCAAGUACGACAAAAACUUGCUUGACGACGAUUUAGACCUGUACUUCGAUUAUUUUCAAAAACAUAGCCAGCAGGACGAAGAUCCCGAAACCCACGAGCGAGACCACGAACAAGAUAACGAACAAAACCACGACACCGACCACAACAGCAUUCUCGUUAAUGAUGACGGAAUCGGCGGUGAUAAUAAGUUGAUGCUUUGA